UGGAAAAUUGAGUAAAUGACAAAGCUCCUCUGCACUAUUUGGUCGCUCUUUUUAUAUUUAUCAGGACUCUCGAUUUAUCAACCGUGUCUAUGCAACUUUCGGAGUGACAAUGAUGAUGAAGAUGAGGCUGUCCUGGUCGGGUCACGACUCACCUCGUGUAUAUUUGUCUCCGGGGUUUACGUCAUCACCAGCAACAUCUCCCUCGUUCCUUCGAGCUUCAAAAAACCAUCGGCUUCAGUGCUGUGUCUUUACGAGUUUUUCGCUACCUCAUUCAUUCUGGAUUUCUUCGGGACCUGCGUCUGGGCCCCGAUUGACGUGGUGAUAAGGACGAGACUCCCUAGAGCCGUUUGCCACACGCUGAAUAGUCUGGACUAUGAUGACGCCGCUGAAUGGAUUGUCAUGAAUCAGUUGCCGAUGAUGGCAGCGAGCUUUGGACUGAGUGUUGCAGUUUUUCUCACGUCUAUUCAUGUGACAAGGGCUUUGGAUUUAACGAUGUACUACGAAUAUGGAACCCUCGACUUCGCCGAAUACGCAGGCACUAGGCUCUGGCAAAGGGUUCUGUCCGAACUCCAGAAGGUCUCUAGAGAGCGAUGUCCUUACAACGGUCCAAAUGAGAGCCACAGGUCCUCCUCGAAGUCAAGCAGCCGAAAGAAACACCGCAGUAAAAGCCGUCGACGAAGUCCAUAAGUGUAACCAUCCACAAUCAAACGAAAAAUUGAAAAUAAUCACACUCCAAAAUACUAUUUAUCCUUUUUAUUAAAAAGAAGGCAUUUUUUAUUUUCGUCCGAAACUGAA